AUGAGGGGGAGUCAUCCGCGGUUGCUGCCUUACUUGGUGGCUGCAAAUCCUGUAAACUACGGUCGGCCAUGCAAGCUGUCCUGUGUGGAAGCUUUUGCUGCAGCAUUUUGCAUUGUUGGAUUCCCAGAUCUAGCCACCAUUCUUCUAAGGAAAUUUAAAUGGGGUAAAGCAUUUCUUGACCUGAACAAAAAUCUCUUGGAAAAAUAUGCAGCCUGUCAUUGCCAGGACGACAUGCUAAUCAUUGAGAAGGACUUCUUAGCCUGUGUCCAAGAAAAAAAAGACGAAGAAGUAGAUCCAUUUGAUGUUGACCUAGAAAAAGAAUUUUCUAAUCCCAACAGGCCAGUCAAUUCCUCAGGUCUAGCACCAAGGAAAGAAGACUCUGAGGAGGACAGUGUAAGCAGUUCAGAUGAUGCCACAGAGAGCAGCGAAAGCAUUGAUGAGAGCAAUCCAGAAGACAUAAAAAUCCCCAGUAAUCCCAAAGAGUUGUAACGUCUUGUAUAAAGAAAUUUUUUUGCGACUA